GUGAACCAUUGUCGUGGAUAUUGAAAAACUAAAAAAAACUUCGCUUUAUCCAUCCAUUACCUGCUGCAUAUGGCGAUACUACCCAGCGUUGCAUCUUCUCUCUCUCCUCCGUCACUCUCUCCUCUUUGCAGCGCCAGAAGCAACGACGACUACUUAAUCUCGACUUGUAUCUGUCGGCAAUCACAUGCAUCUAGCCGGAAACCGUUACACCUGAACAGCCGCUUCCGUCUUACCGCCAUUUCGGCUUCAUCAAAUUCUGAAGCUGCUUCUUCUUCGUCGCCGCCGUCGUCGUCGUUGGUGAGCAGAGAGCCUAUGGUUCCUCCUUACAACGUACUCAUCACUGGCUCUACCAAAGGAAUAGGGUAUGCACUAGCUAAAGAGUUUCUAAAAGCAGGUGACAAUGUCAUAAUUUGUUCAAGAUCAGCCGAACGGGUCGAAUCUGCUCUUCAGAACUUAAGAGGGGAAUUUGGGGAGCUGCAUGUGUGGGGGACGAAAUGUGAUGUUAGACAGGGGGAUGAUGUAAAGAAUUUAGUUUCAUUUGCGAAGGAAACACUGGAUUACAUUGAUAUAUGGAUUAAUAAUGCAGGAUCAAAUGCUUAUAGCUAUAAACCACUGUCAGAAGCUUCAGAUGACGAUCUUAUUGAAGUUGUCACUACAAACACUCUUGGGUUGAUGAUAUGUUGUCGAGAGGCAAUAAAGAUGAUGUUGAACCAGCCACGAGGGGGUCAUAUCUUCAAUAUAGAUGGAGCUGGUUCAGAUGGGAGACCAACCCCCAGAUUUGCUGCAUACGGGGCUACUAAGCGUAGUGUUGUGCACCUGACAAAAUCUCUACAGGCAGAGUUGCAAAUGCAAGAUAUUAAAAAUGUCAUAGUCCAUAACCUGUCGCCAGGAAUGGUAACAACUGAUCUUCUGAUGUCUGGAGCUAACACCAAGCAGGCCAAGUUUUUUAUUAAUGUUCUGGCAGAACCGGCAGAAGUGGUUGCAGAGUCCCUUGUCCCAAGCAUAAGAUCCAUUCCUGCCAAUGGAUCAAUGAAGCCCACAUACAUUCGUUUCCUUACUGGCUUGAAAGCAUACUCACAGAUAUUCUCGAGAUUCGCAUUUGGUGCAAGGAGGAAUCGCUAUGUGCUUGAAGAUUGACGAGACUUACAGAUCCGAUAUGUCUGUACUCCACUUCCCUAGACUUGUAGUUUGCUAUUUUUGAUACGUUUCUGGCAUUCUAAAUCUGAAAUUCUUCUCAGGUAAAUGAUUUUCAUUUACCAUCUCAUGUUAUUUGAUCUAAGGACCUGGUACAAUACAUAGGAGUCGAGGACGCCUGGAAAGGAAGCAGUAAUGACUAUAUUGGAUCAUGUAUGACCACAGGUAGUCGAACUAAGUUCGGUCCAAAGCCUGUCCAGCUCAAGAUUGGGCCAUGGGGCCACUCGUCAUCUUCCAAUAAGAUUGCUUCAAUGACUUUGGACUUGAGAUUCGGCUUAACGAUUACUUUUCAACAGGAGUAUUUGUAAGGUGAGAAUUGAGAUAAAGGAAAGAUUAGAAGGGAAGGAUUAUCUCUGGACUUCCUUUAGAUGGAGAGGGAUGAGUAUCCAUGUUCCGGAAUAAUUGGUUGACGGGGUGUUUUUUUGUACUUUUUUAUUACAUGCGGUGGUAGAAUACAAGUAUUUGAAUUAUCAAAUGGGACAUAAGCCUACAAUCA